AUGAAUCCCUUUAUUGUUGCUUUGACAUUUGUUGUUGGCUCCUAUGCUUCGACAGCACAUUUUAGAUUGCCUGCCGCCCCUGGAUAUCGGGACAGGGAUGUCUGCCCAGCUCGAUGCAUCACCUCUGGACCUUCUCCAGGGAAUUGGUCACUCUACCACAACUUCGAACAGAUUGAGUCCUGCGGUCAGACCAUCUUCUACGACUUCACUUUAGUAGACGAUGUCGACGACCCGGACAGCCUUCACAGGAUCUACGCAUGUACCUCCACCGGCCAGGACUGGGAAAAUGUGGCGCCCAAUACAACGGCGGCUGCUCCUCCCGUGUCGACCAAGACUGCCAAUUACCAAAUUGGAUAUUGGCCCAAUGAACUCGGCGCUUCUGUUGCUAUCGAUGCCCGAACUGUCGUAUCUCAAAUGCGUCAGUAUCUUAAAAAUGGAUUCGGUCGUGGGCGUCCGAAUGCUCCCACCAUCCUUUUGGCUGGAGCAGGAACUGGAUCUGUUGGUCUGUACAUCGGCCAGGGACUACAAAUUGAGAACAUUGAGAGCACAGCGCUGAAAGACCUCGAAGAUGUCCUCAUAGCUUCGAGCCUCAACAGCACGACCAGCCUCGCGAUGCAGUAUUGUCAAAACUCAACUGUUGGGAAUUCCACCACUGGACACUCCACUGCUGGAAGCCUUACUGCUGAUCACAUUUUUGGUCUGAUCGCUACCGGAAACUCGACGUUCAGUACUGUUCAAAACACCCUCUGGUCGUGGGCCAAUGCAACCUGCCUGGACCUCCCGGAAGUCAGCUACAACUAUAGCGCUCCAAUAAUAUUCACCACGCCCACGUACGGGUCCACAAAUGGGACUGGCAAUUCCACGUCCACGAGCAACUCGACCUCAUCUUCUCUUGGUGCUGGGCUGUCUCCAAGGGCCCAGUGCUCUACGGUCCAAGUUGUCAGUGGAGAUUCUUGUGCAUCCCUAACCCAGAAGUGCGGCAUUUCAGGGGCAGACUUUACAAAGUACAACCCAGGUUCGAAUUUCUGCUCUACGUUGCAACCUUAUCAGCAUGUAUGCUGUUCGGCCGGAACGUUGCCCGACUUCGCCCCUCAACCCAACUCAGAUGGAUCUUGCGCUACAUACACGAUCGUAGCUAACGACAACUGCGACAACCUUGCGGCUGAAUACAGCCUUACGGUGGAUGAUAUCAACACCUUCAACCAGGACACCUGGGCCUGGGGAGGCUGCGCCGAGCUCUAUGUUGGCACUAUCAUUUGCCUGAGUAAAGGAAGUCCCCCAAUGCCAGCGGCUUUAUCCAAUGCUGUUUGUGGGCCACAAAAGCCCGGCACACCGAAGGCUGCCGCAGGAACUGAUAUCUCGACUUUAAAUCCUUGUCCUCUAAAUGCCUGUUGCGAUGUCUGGGGCCAGUGUGGAACGACGGCAACCUUCUGUACCAAUACAAGUACCGGUGCCCCCGGAACGGCAAAGCCUGGAACUGAUGGCUGCAUCUCCAAUUGCGGAACUACCAUCGUUCGCGGCAAUGCCCCGUCGGAAUACAGGAGUAUUGGCUUCUUUGAAGGAUUCAACCUCGACCGACCAUGUCUGUACCAAGAUGUUUUGCAGAUCGAUUCAUCAAAGUAUACUCACUUGAUGUUUGCGUUUGGAACCCUCGAUACGAAUUACACGGUCGAUUUAGGGGACCAGCUAAGCCAGUAUGAGUUCAAGGAGUUCGCUGGUGCAUCGGGCCCCAAGAAGAUCCUCUCGAUUGGUGGAUGGGCAUUCUCUACCGAUCCAAGUACCUACAGUAUCUUCCGGAAUGGGGUUACGGCUGCCAAUCGUCAAACCAUGGCGAACAGCAUCGCCAGCUUUGUCACAUCCAACAACCUUGAUGGCAUUAACAUCGACUGGGAAUAUCCAGGUGCACCCGACAUCCCUGGUAUCCCACCGGGCAGUCCCGAUGAUGGUCCAAACUACCUGGCCUUCUUGAAGGCGCUCCGCACGCUCCUACCAAACCAAGAGAUCUCCAUUGCCGCACCCGCGUCGUACUGGUAUCUCAAAGCGUUUCCAAUUAAAGAAAUGAGCGAAGUCCUGGACUACAUCAUCUACAUGACGUACGAUUUGCAUGGUCAGUGGGAUUCCGGCAAUCAGUGGUCCCAGGAUGGCUGUCCGACCGGAACAUGUCUUCGUAGCGAUGUGAACCUGACCGAAACGAUUGGGUCACUCGUCAUGGUCACAAAGGCUGGAGUGGACUCUGGCAAAGUUGUUGUCGGGGUUACGAGUUACGGGCGUUCUUUUGCCAUGGCGAGCGCCAAUUGCUAUGGACCAGAGUGCACGUUUCUCGGCUCGGCCUCUGACUCUCAGGCUACACCCGGAGUGUGCACUCAGACGGCCGGUUACAUUGCGAAUGCAGAAAUCAACAACAUUAUCAGCAACUCGUCUCGAGUCAACCAGAACUUCGUGGAUUCGACGAGCAACAGCAAUAUCUUGGUCUACGACAAUACUCAAUGGGUUGGAUAUAUGGAUGACAGCAUCAAAGCAUCCCGCGCAAACCUCUACAAAGGGCUUAAUAUGGGCGGCACAACUGACUGGGCGACGGAUCUACAGACCUACAACGAUCCACCCUCCAGUUUGAGCACGUGGCAGAAUUUCUUCAGCGAUGUCAAAAACGAUGUGGACCCAUAUUCGGGACCCCGAACCGGCAACUGGACCAGUAUUCAGUGUACUGCUGAUGUCGUGCACCAUAUUGGAGACUAUACUCCAGCGGUGCGGUGGAGUGAGAUGGACUGUCCGGAUGCAUGGAGUAACGUUAUAGCAGCGUGGAACACGAUUUGGAAACCGAAAGGGUGGACCUUCAGCGAAUCCGUUAUGACCAUUAUCGAUCAACGGCAGGAUGUCGACUGUGGGAUAAUCGGCUUCGAAAGCAACUGCUUCCCGACGGUGCUAUGCUACACCGAUGUGGACGUGGGUGCAUGCGCCUACGAACUUUUCAACGGCUUUGUGUUCAUCAUAUACAGUGACUACGUUACCGCCCUGACAUCGGCUGCGGCUACGGCGAUCGAUCCUUCCCUUGACACUUUCGAAACCACAUUUGCGCCCGUACCACCACCAAAAAGCGAUCUAUGGCUCCAAAUCAUUAUCGCUCUUGCGACUUUGGGAGCCAGUAUGGUGGCUGCUCCAUUCUUCAAUAGCAUUUUCAAAGCCUUGCCGUACUUCAAGGCCAACCCAAAUACUCUCGGAGUUGCCAAGGAUACAACAUCAGCAUUGAUCACGUUCUCGUCGAACAUUGCGAAAGACGUGAUAACUCCCACGUCCCAGGGAUCCUGGUCAAUCCAAGAUCAAGACAACUUCAACUCUUACCUCGGACAGGUCAUUGCUGGCUGGGGCAACAUCAGUUCCACUACCCUUAUGAACCUCUUCGAUGGAUCCGCCGACUCUAUCACGACGCUCACGACGCUCACACAAAAUGGACAGCUUAUCGAGGGCAGUGACGGAUCUCCACAAAUCGGUAGCACCUCCAAAUCGAGCGACACGGCAUCGGCUUUGGCAGCCAGUGUCGCAACGGCUUUCUGGGCUUUUGCCAUUCCCGCUGUAUGGUAUGCUGCCGGCACUUCUGCCUUCGUCAUUGAUUCAGGGUACUCUUGUGGCACCGUCAAUCCCCUCGGCGCAUACAUGAGUACAGCUACCAUGGAGGCUACUGCAGGCUGCUACAACGGCGAGCUUUAUUAUCUGGUCUACCCUAAGGGCCCAGCAUCUUCCUGUCCUUCUUCAAAGAGGGAGGUCGGUCCACCACCAACUUGCCAGCUCAGUCAAUUCCAGCCUCCUCCAGGUCUCAGUGCCCUCGACGGCUCUGCUUGGGGUGGAGUCUCCAUUAGCGACCUCAUCACUGUCUCGGUUCGCACAUAUAUUGCCAACGGGAACUCCAACACUGGACAAUAUGCUGAUCCCACCAACUCGGAUACUUUGUCCGAUCUUAUCAACCAAGACAUCACGACUCCUGGCUACAUUACGUUGCCGGUCUGUACUGCUGAUGUCGCAUUCACUGCCUGGAGCACACCCAGCCAGGUGAACACCAGCGAUCCUGCUUAUCCAUGUGUUGCUUUGCAAGGUUUGACCGAGUGUCGGAGCUACACAUUCACCGACGCGACUUCUGAUGCAUCACCUUUGGUAUCCGACUGCAAAGACAUUAUUACCAACAUCCAAGGGACGACCGGCGAAUGGACGACAGACAUUACAGAUGAUCGUAAGAUCGUCAGUGCAGGAGCGUGCAAUAUGGACGUCAAAGCAAAUAAUGAAAAGGGCGAUGUCUCAUUCCAUGUGGGAGCUCAGGACGUCAUCAACAUCAUCAACCAAGCGAUAUCACAAUUCUCCUCCAACGGCAAGGUCGGAGCCAGUGGAACAAUGACAUGUGACGGCAAUGUCAACAGCAACCAGGGUGUGACAUGGGGCCUGUACUAG